GUCAACGUCUCCCUCUACUUUCCAAACACAUCGUGGGUAAUAUUUAUAGUUGAGGUUCAGUUUAAAAUGGGUGACAUUAUCGGUCACAAAGAUGGGCAAAUAUGGUUAUCUUCUCAUGUCCUCCAAGAUCCCUUGUUUGAUCAUUCCAAGAAACAUCAGUUGCAUAAAUCCCUCAAGAACCACAACUACCACCAUCAUGGCAGCGGUGGAUUCCGUCGACCCGGUGCACCUCCUCUCAGAGAAAAAUUUUCUAUGAAGUAUAAUACAAGGCAAAAUAAUUGGCAAAGGAGUAAAGGAGAGGACCAAAUGCAAGCAUUUUUCGUGGUUUCGCCGGGCCGUACAACGCCUGGCACCGGCGUUUUUCUCCCGGCCACCGCUUCUCAUCCGCCAACCAAUAAACCAGCUUACUCGCCGGUGCUUCUCCCGACGCGUGUUGUUCAAGCGCUCAAUCUUAAAGUUCACAACAACGGAAUUCACAUUUCCCCCCGUUCAGAAAUUCGAGAAACUGAUUCUAAGUUGAAGAGCGAAAUGGGGCAAACACCUAUGGACGUUGAAGUCAAAACUCCGAUUGAUUCGCCGGAGAAACUUCUCCCGGAUGAAUGGAUUUAUUAAUGAUCCGACCAGGGUGCCACUGACCAAUUUUUACAUAUAUUAAUGUGGAGAAGUAGAGUCAAAUAAAAAGAAAUAUUAUAAUGAAAAAUUCUUGUGUCGUGUAUGCUUCGUUGCCUUUGGAUUAGUAGUCAUCAUACCCCAAAAUAAGA